CAAAGAGGUUUUUGAAAUGGCGGCGAUGAAAUACAAAGGAAGCGUUUUUAUCAUAUUAGUCAUCCUUCUUCUUUCGUCCUCACUACUUGCUCACUCUUCUUCUACAAAAUCCUUCUUUUGGUUAGGAGAAACACAAGAUACGAAAGCCAUGAAAAAGGAGAAGAAGAUUGAUGGAGGAACAGCUAAUGAAGUUGAAGAAAGACAAGUUCCAACUGGAUCCGACCCUCUUCAUCAUAAACACAUUCCUUUUACUCCAUAG